UCCUGCCAUCUAUGUGCUGUCUUCCAAACAAACAUAUCAUGUGUCGUCAUUCCAUUCCAUAGAUAGGAACACUUGAGCUUAAUAAGCCUACUUCAUGCAGGAUACACAGUUUUGUUUACAGAUAUGCUAUCUGUUAAGAACAUUAAUUGAAAGCUAAGGUUGAAUUGAAGCCACAUGACCUAAGCAUUGUAAGGCUCUAAUCACGUGAACACAAGGUAGGGAUAAACGAGAUAGAAAGAAGAAAAAGUGGGUGGUCAUGCUUCAAAAUCGUGGUUCUUCCUGCUUCCACCAAAGUCUUAACUUGAACUAACUACACACUUCUCGAAUUUAAGAGGGCUAUCUCCCAUUCCACAAUUAAAUAUUGAAGAAAGAAGCAGGAGGAGGGACCUAUUGAUUUGGUAAGAAUCAAGAUGGCACAGUCUAUUCUAAUGUCUAGAGCUGUUGCUUGUUCAGUAAGUAGCAGAAGGCAGCUGCUACCUUCACUGCCCAGUGCUAAAGGUCUCACACUAGAAUUGCAGAUUCAAGGCUCAAAGCUAGGUUUACCUGUGAAGAGUAGACAUAGUACUCUAAAGACACUGGCAUUGUUUCGUUCAAAGAGCAAGCCAGCUGAUCCUCCUAAAAGGGGAGGGAGAGGUGUUGUUAAGGAAGUGGAGAAGCCCAAAGUGGAGGAUGGCAUUUUUGGAACUUCUGGAGGAAUUGGCUUUACCAAGGCUAAUGAGUUGUUCGUGGGCAGAGUAGCCAUGAUUGGCUUUGCUGCUUCUUUAUUGGGAGAGGCAAUAACAGGAAAGGGAAUUCUAGUUCAGUUAAACUUGGAAACAGGGAUUCCCAUAUACGAAGCAGAACCUCUGUUGCUUUUCUUCAUUCUUUUCACUCUGUUAGGAGCCAUUGGAGCCCUGGGAGACAGAGGAAAAUUUGUCGACGAGCCCGUUGAGCCUACUGGCCUGGACAAGGCUGUCAUCGCUCCUGGGAAAGGCUUGAGAGCUGCCCUCGGCCUCAAAGAAGGAGGGCCUCUGUUUGGAUUUACAAAGUCAAAUGAGCUGUUUGUUGGGAGGUUGGCUCAGUUAGGAAUAGCCUUCUCCCUAAUUGGAGAAAUAAUAACAGGGAAGGGAGCUUUGGCACAGCUAAACAUUGAGACAGGAAUCCCAGUGACAGAAAUAGAACCUCUGGUUCUGUUUAAUGUUCUCUUCUUCUUUGUUGCUGCCUUGAAUCCAGGGACAGGCAAAUUUGUCACAGAUGUGGAUGAGGAAGAGUAAUCACAAUACACUUUUGUUCACACUUUUCGCCUAGGGAAAGAAACACCAAUCUACUUGUUUUCUACAAUAUUUCAGUGACAUUUUUCCACUUCA